AUGAAUGAAAUUGUUCGAAUGCGCCUUUUUAAUUCAAUAUCUCUCGUAGGCUCAGCCGUUGCUUUUGCAUUAGUUGGUUUUGUUCCAGAUGACAAACGUUUUUUAGCAGCAAUAUGCCCAUUUUGUUGUAGCUGGUAUAAAUUCGAAAAAUCUUUCACACUUUUUAUUUCCCCAUUAUUAUUCCUUUUAUUUGUUCAAGAUGAAAGUAAUCGAGAACAAUGGAGAAUUAUUUUUAUUGGAAUGGCUAUAAUACUUUUUGUGGCAAAUACUUUCUUUUGGUUUUUUGUAACAGACCAACCUGCAGAAUUUACUAAAAUUGUAUCAAAACAAAAAUCAGAAAAAGAAUGA